CCAAUGUGGAGGCGGAGGGAGGAGGGCCCAAAGACAUGUCCUUUCACGAUCGCAACAGCUGAAAACAGAGAAGGAAACUUGCUAGAGCGUUUUUUACCAGCGCAGGAAGCCUUGUCCCGCUCUCACCCCAGAAGCCCUCCCGUACUCCAUUACUCUGGGGGGGUGGCUGUCCCACACCCGUCGGGCGAUGAACAUCGCAAGGAGAAGAGGCUUUUACAGACAGGAGGUGAACAACACGCUCUGGGAGCUGCCCAGGAGAUACACGUCCCUCCACCCGCUGGGCUCCGGGGCCUACGGCUCCGUGUGUUCAGCCAUAGACAAGAAGACGGGGGAGAAAGUGGCCAUCAAGAAGCUGUGCCGCCCAUUCCAGUCAGAGAUCUUUGCCAAGAGAGCCUACAGAGAGCUGAUGCUGUUGAAGCAAAUGCAGCAUGAGAAUGUCAUUGGGCUGCUUGAUGUCUUCACCUCCACUGCUUCCUACCAGGGGUUCCAGGACUUCUACCUGGUGAUGCCAUACAUGCGGACAGAUUUACAAAAGAUCAUGGGACAUGAAUUCAGUGACGAAAAGAUCCAGUACCUGGUCUACCAAAUGCUGAAAGGGCUGAAGUAUAUUCAUUCAGCUGGCAUUGUCCACAGGGACCUGAAGCCAAGUAACCUGGCUGUGAAUGAAGACUGCCAACUGAAGAUCUUGGAUUUUGGUUUGGCCAGACAGGCUGAUGCUGAGAUGACUGGCUACGUGGUCACACGGUGGUACAGAGCCCCAGAAGUCAUCCUGAACUGGAUGCAUUACAAUCAGACAGUGGAUAUCUGGUCUAUUGGCUGUAUCAUGGCAGAAAUGCUGACUGGGAAAACACUCUUUAAAGGAAGAGACUACCUGGAUCAGCUGACCCAGAUCCUGAAAGUAACAGGGCACCCAGGAGAGGACUUCUUGGAGAAGCUGGAGGACAAAGCAGCAAAGAAUUAUAUCAAGUCCCUCCCUAAAAUCCCCAAGAAGGAUUUGUCUGUGCUUUUCCCUAAAGCAAAUCAUCAGGCUGUGGACCUGCUUGACAAGAUGUUGCAGCUGGAUGUGGAAAAGCGCCUCACAGCCACAGAAGCCUUGGCUCACCCCUACUUCGACCAGUUCCGAGACAUCGAGGAGGAGACAGAGGCACAACAUUCCUAUGACGAUUCUCUGGAACAUGAAAAGCUUUCAAUAGAGGAGUGGAAAAAGCACAUUUACAAGGAGAUCUUGACCUUCAGUCCCAUUGCACGGAAGGAUUCAAAGAAGAGAAGUGGGAUGUCAUUAUAGCGAUGGGUGCAGCUGUAGCUGGGACUCAGCUCUCCUUGAUGACACCAAAUUCAUUCCACAUUGCAUUGCUGGUGGCCAACUUUUGGCCUGUGGGACCUCUCUCCAUGUGCCAACAUAAGGAUGACACCGUGCCAUGGGCAUUGGACUUUGUUCUAUUAAAGGGGAAGCACCUCAGACAGUUUCCAAAGUAAAAGACAAAUAUAUUCUUGUUGAAACUGUAAAUGGGAGAAUUUUA